UGGUUGCUGAUGCAUUCGCUGCCAUCCAUCUUUCGAAUUGAAGCUCUUCUUGCUUGUCCUGUCCUGGAGGUACUGUACUGUACGUCUGACAGUUUAGCUGGCUGUUUGUAUAGGGAGUAGACACACCGCGACUGUCGUUGGCCAGUCCCAACUGUGACUAACCGGGACCGGAAGCUGAGGUGGCAGAUGGGAGAGCAACAACUGUCGUUUUCUCAGAACCACAAACAGCUGGCACCAUGGCCGAUGACAUGGAGUCGACGUCAGCAACUGAGGUCGACGUCGCCCUUGAAGAUAUCAAGGUGUGUUUCUUUCCUUGUCCAAGAGAUGAUGCAGACAACACUUGGUAGCGGAGUGUCCAAGGACACGACGAAUCUAUCUCUUUUGCACUAUUUUGCCAACUUCCUCCAGAAGAAGUAGGAGCAGUGAGAAAUUGCAUUUUCUCCAUCUUGAUGGACGCAUAUUCCUGGUGGAGAGUGAGUGAAUAGUUGAUGGAUGUCCCAGCCAAUUCUGAAUUUGCAAGACUACGAUUUGUGAACCACCAAUAUCAACUUCCUGUACCAACUCACAAGAGAAGAAGAAUAUUUAUUUCAUAGAGCCAGAUUCGCUCCAUUCGAGAAUCAAGACCAUGACGUCCCAUCGACUUGUUGCUGUUGUGCUAUUGUCAGCCGUGGUGCACGGAGGAGCCUUUCUCUCCUCUUCUGACCACACAAAGAAGAGCAUAGUAGGUCAACGGCAACCGCCAACUGUGGAAUUUGCGCUGCGCUACCCAUAUCAGUACGACGAUGAAGUAGCAGAGACAGAGGAAGAACCUCUCCUCUACGAUGUAUCCAUUGGGGUACCAGACGGGUUGACUGGCGGUGAUUGCUGUAGUGAAGAAGAAGAAUGCGUCAAUGUUGACGCACUACGAGCUCGAGCAGGUGUGUUACGACGAACCAUUCUCCAACAACAACAAGAACUGCAGCAAGUGGAACGCAAAAUCAUUUGCUGUUCCCGUUCUUCGACCGACUCUGCCUCAUCACUCAAUGAUGCGGUCAGCCCCGCCGCAUUGGUGCGAUACGCCGUCAACCAAACCUACUCGACCUUCCAAGCCAGUUCCAGUGUCUUGUGGCGCAAACUGCAGCGCGUACAAGGCAGUGUGGGAGUGCACAAUCACAAAUGGAAGGGAUCCGUAGGAGACUUUUGUCUCGCCCAGACUCAUAGCGGUGUCCGCAUUGUCGACAAGAUUUUGCACAAUCAAACGCAACUGUUGCAACUCGUAAAGGACCCCUCCACGCCGACAUUGGUACCGCAUGUCCCGGCUAUUUUGGCUCGAUUGGACAAACUCGAAGGUCACAUGGCACCCAUUUUGGAACGAGUCCUCAACAAUCAACGGCAUUUAGCAUCCAUUGAACCCUAUUUGCCCGAAAUUCUAGAACGAUUCGAUGACAUUGAACCGCAUCUGCCGUGGAUAUUGGAUCACAUUGACAUUCUAGCUCCUUACACGGGUCUGUUGCUCCAACACAUUGAUGAACUGUUACCCUACGCCGCGUUGGAUGAAUACGAAAAUCUCCACGGACGAUCCUCCAAUUAUUACCAAUACGCACUGGCGGAACAAUUGUUGCCCUAUCUGGAAUUCUACGUGUCGCGUCUGGAUACCGUCGGUCCGCACUUGCCCUUGUUGAGACCGCAUGUGCCCAAACUACUCAAACACAAUCGGAUUGCCAAAAUGUCGCCGCACAUUGAUCGACUCUUUGCGCUGGGAUACAAGGACAAUUUGGGGGCCAGUGCCAACAUGGAUGUCUUGCUCUUUUGGUUUGGAUGGGCCUUACGAGUGCCGGGAUUACCACGGCUCUUUUUUGCCAUUCCAGGAUCGCCACGGAUUGUCACAUUCUUGGCCAAUCGACUUCCCAAACGAUUCGUACGGGGAUAUUGUUCCGGUAUUUCUUGUACGGUCGAUGGCGAUUACGGAGUGCAGUGGAAUAAACUGUCCAAGGAAGGCGCGCGGUAGCUAGAAUACGACGAGCUAAGCAAACGAAUGAAUGAAUGGAAACGAUAGAGGCACUACUUGGAACGAACAAGUAUUUGUGAGAUUGAUUGAUAGAAAAGAUUAAGUAAAUUAGUAAAUAGUUGUUUGUGUUGC